UAGCGAAAAUCGAUUUAUGCACCGCAGAUAAAACGUAGUUAUUGAAGAUAUCAUACCCUGACUGUCUUGCUUUUCGAUCAUUUAAAUAUUCAACUAUUGAAUCAACCAACGAUUAAAAAGACGAAAGAAAGAAUGGCUUUUUUCUGGUUUUUCCGUCUCACCUUUCUGCUGUGGCUGAGUGCGUUGGUGAACCACAGCGGCACACAGACAACACAAUUAUCUUCACCGACAAGCAGCACACAGACAACGCAAUUAUCUUCACCGACAAGCGGCACACAGACAACGCCACUAUCUUCACCGACAAGCGGCACACAGACAACGCCGGUAUCUUCACCGACAAGUGGCACACAGACAACGGUAACUUCAGCAACAGCUACUAUAAAUACAAGUUCAUUCCACGAAACAACAGCAGUUAAAACUACAAGUUCACUCAGCGACAGAACAACUGUAAGUUUAACUGCAGAAGUCACAACUCAUUCGGAAACAACUGCAGCCACCAAUUUACAUGGAACAACUGUUGUUACAACCAAAGAAGGCUGUGGACUGAGUGAAGAUAGCUGUACAACCAACGGGGUAUUUCUGAAAGAGUCUUGUGAGUGUUUGUGCAAGAAGGGAUUUGCCGGCGUCAUUUGCGAAGUCUCGACGGAGAAGAAUCCAUGUACGGAAAACCCGGACCUAUGUCAAGAAAGGGGUCAGUACUGUGAGAGCGACACCAAGAUCACGGAUGGGAAGGAAUAUGUCUGCAAAUGCAACUCAUUGGAGGGCUACGUGGAGAAAGACGGCAAAUGCAUUGAGGAAGAGCCGUUUACGACCAAGCUCGACGUCACCAUAAUAGAUGGAAAAGAGGCUACGUAUAAGCCUGCACACCGUGACAUCAACUCCGCAGAAUCCAGGAAGGUUUUAGAUGCCGUCAUUCCUGUU